AUGCUGUUUCGAUUUAUAUUAUUAUUAACUCUUGUCGCAGUGGCAAUAACAAUCACCAUUGAUAAUGAGUUGCAAUCAAACUUAACUAUACUUGUGGAGAAGCAAAACUUGAAUGAUACAAGUGGAAUUGAUAAUGAUAAAGGGUUUUGGGAAUGGCUGUUUGGUUCUGUGACACCAUAUCCACCAACAAUCAUAGAACCACAGCAACCAGAGAAGUGCUUGAAAUGCACUUGUGGUUUAACAAAUAAACACAAUCGUAUUGUUGGAGGCGUCGAGACGCUUGUCAAUCAAUACCCUUGGAUGGUCCUAUUGUUGUACAGAGGACAAUUUUAUUGUGGGGGUACAGUUAUAAAUUCACGAUAUGUACUAACGGCCGCUCAUUGCGUUGACAGAUUCGAUGCAAAUAAAUUGAUUGUCCGAUUAUUGGAACACGAUUGGAACUCAACCGAUGAAAGUAAAACGCAGGAUUUUCAGGUGGAAAAAGCAAUCAAACACAGUACUUACUCGACUACUAAUUACAACAAUGACAUUGCACUUCUUAAGCUAAAGGAUGCUAUAAAAUUCCAAGGUUCGAUGCGACCUGCUUGUCUUCCGGAACAAGUAAAAACUUUUUCCGGCAAAAUGGGUAUAGUAACCGGAUGGGGUGCUAUCAAGGAAGGUGGUCAGGUAUCGCACACCUUACAAGAAGUUUUUGUUCCUAUUCUUACAAACGCAGAAUGUCGAGCUACGAAAUAUCCAGCGCGUAAGAUAACAGAUAAUAUGCUGUGUGCGGGUUUCCAGAAGGGCGGCAAAGAUUCUUGCCAAGGAGACAGUGGCGGUCCGCUGCACGUAGAAGAGAACGGUGUCCACCAGGUAGUUGGGGUUGUAUCCUGGGGCGAAGGAUGCGCGCAACCUGGAUAUCCCGGAGUUUAUACCAGAGUAAAUCGAUUCCUGACAUGGAUUGCACACAACACAAACGAUGGCUGUUAUUGUUGAUAUACAAUUUUUAUAUAGACUGAUAUAUUUAUUUUAGUUAAUUCAUCAUUUAUACAUAUAACGACAAAAACACGCAAACUACAGAAACAAUCAAUAAAAAG